AUGAAUAAUCAACGGCUACGGCCAUUGCAGCCGGCUACUUCAGCCAGUGAAUCCAAUUCCUCACCAGGACCUUCAGGGAUCCGAGCUCGCAAGGCAUUUCAAGUCCCUGCCUGUGACGUCUGUCGAAGACGCAAGAAAAAGUGCGAUCGAGGUCGACCAACAUGUGCCAAUUGCGCCGAACGAGGGCUGGAGUGCGAGUAUAUUCCUGAAAUAGGCCCAACAGCGAGUCCUCUCCAACUGGAAAGAUUGACUCGGGCCAUGAAGGAGCCUGGAGGUCUUUUGGAUCUCUUCAAGACAUUGCCGUAUCAUGAUGCCUUGGAAUUACUUCAUAUGCUUCGCGAAACGCCUGCUGAUGCCACACCUCAAGCGUCUACAGAAACUUCAACAUCGCUGUCGCCCUCACCAUUCCCUUUACCACUUCCAACAUCACCACCGUCGUUGUGGUCCCAUUUUCCUUUGCCUUCUCAGCACAGCAUCAUAGGAAGCCUCCUUCCUCCUGCGUCCUGUUCAGUAGACCUGGAGCUCAUGGUCCGCCAUCCUAUUGCUUAUCCUGUUCUACUACCCCUCACGCCUGCGUCGUUGCCCCUCGACGAGCUACUAGUUCCGCGGACGUUUGAGCUUUUAGGCCCAGCCCCACCCGAUUCCUCCCGCUCCCAAUCUUCGCCAGAUAUCAACAUGACACAAGACGCUUCUGCUUCGACCGGCUUGUAUAAGAAACUAUCGCAUUUGACAGAGUCUGUCAUUGAUCUCCUCGGCCAGGUCGAUAUAUCAUCGUGGAUAUCUUUACCGAUCCCCAAUCAAAUCGCAGUUCAUGCAAUUGCACUAUACCUCAACAACGACUAUCCUGUUCUCCCACUAUUCGAUGCUGAUCUGUUUCUCCGAGACCUUGUUCACAACCAGCCCUAUUUUUGCUCUACGUUUCUCGUCACAACUCUUCUAGCGUGGGCAUGUCAAGCUUACACUCCAAUCGAUGCAGAGGCUGCGAAUUACUCAUCUGCCUGUUUUCUCGACGCUCAAGCCCAGUGGAGUAAACAUGGUGAUCGAGAGUCUAUAACCUUGUGCAACGUGUCUGCCUUACAACUACUAUGUAUGACUGCCGUAAGUCAUGGAAAGGAUGACCUGGCACUCGAAUAUCUCCGAGAAGGACUGAAGGUCGCACAAACAAUGGGGCUUCUCAACUUGGCGUCUGGGACAGAGGUGGAGGACGCGUGGUUUAGUGGCUAUACUGAAUGGGUCAGGGCCGCAUCGUAUACAGCCUGGGGUGCCUUCAAUUGGAUCUCUGUUUUCUCACUUCACUACCACAAAUCCGAGAUUGAGUUUCCGCCAAGGAUUCCUAUGCCGGGAGAUGUAGAUGCUGCAAUUGCUGGUGUAGAUGGCAACCAAGUUUUGCCAUCUUCUAGUCUUGAGGCUUUUAUGGCUAGUUCCAAAUUGUGGACUAUUUUCCUACAAGUGACCAACGCAUAUUAUGGGAAAGACAGAUACAUGUCGCUCGACCGAGAUAAUGCUGUUGCAUUUGCAGAGGACGUCUAUCAGCAGCUACUUGACUGGGCGGACAAAAUACCCAUCAGUUUAGUUCGUCGUCCAGACAGUAGCCAUGCCACCUUCAUGCUGCACAUCUAUUAUCACGCCAUCAUCACCGAUCUUUUCCGUCCUUUUCUACACCUAUCAACACCUUCUACCUCAACAUUACGUACCUUUCAAGACCAGGCCUCCGCGACGGUUAUCUACUAUGCAUCCAUCCGUCAAAUGAAGCGCCUUUUACUUUCAUACCGUCUCGAGUUCGACCUGCAGGCAGCGUCGUUCCUUUGGCAGACAUGCAUCAUUUGCGUUGCAAAUGCAAUUGUUCGCGAUACAGAGUGCAACCCUGAUGAGAGAAUAUUCUUCCUACAGCUUUGUCUAGCUGGUCUAGAAGAGAUGUUUCUGUCUUUUCGAAUUUUUGGCUGUAUCAAGAAAGCUGUACUGGUUAUGGCGUUUUAUCAAGGGGUUUUGGAUCAAGACGAAAUGCAUCGCAAUCGUGGCGUGCUUGACGCAAUAUAUCAGCGAUAUGUGACUGAUGAGCGCGAUCAAAAAAUGGAGGAUAUUACAACCGGUUGGAUAGUUGAUCUGGAUCUUGAGAUAAUGGAUCCUGAAUCUGCAAAGGGUAGUAGUCUUGCAGAGCAGUUCGACAUGCUAUCCAGCUCAGGCACUACCGAAGUUUCGAUUGAGACAGCGACUUCUAUUGAGAUGCCCACCUCCACGGCAAUUCCAACAACUAUUCAGACCACCCUCACUAUCUCCGAAUCUGAAAUCGACACUGCGACUUCUACUAUUUUGGAGGAAGCUACUACGACCACGGUUACAGACGCCGCUGCUUCGACAACUCAGUCUCCUCCUCAACCAAAUACCCCCGAGAUUGAUUGCUCGACAGAUCAAGACUGUUUUGCGGCAUUGGGAGCUGGUGCUUUGGGAAUUUAUGCUUGCAUCGAUCUCAUUUGUCAUCAAAUUGGCUUCUCUCCUUAA